GAGGAAGAAAAAAGAUGGAAAGACAGUGACGGUGGGCAAUGAGAAGCUCAAGGUCGGAAAUGUUAAUGUGUUGCGUUGCUACUAUGCCCAUGGAGAAGAAAAUAAAAAUUUCCAGAGACGCAUUUAUUCGAUGAUUGAACGGGACCUGUCACACAUUGUUCUUGUCCACUACCGGGAAGUAAAGAGCAUUAGGACGAGCUUUAACCUUGUUAAAGAUACGGAAGAAGUUAUUCCUCAUUCCAAUGAGACUGGAGACCUUGCACCCACUCCUGAGAUACAGAAUUCCAUUUCUUCUAGUUCCAAUCCAAGUGAUUUCCUAAUGCAUUCAGAAGCUAUAGACGCGGCAAGCUUGAAUACUGCUCAGGCAUCAGAAUUCAAAAAUGCGAAAUCAGAUAUUCAGCAAAUGUACUUACAAGCUAAACAUCGAUGGCUACGCCCAAAGGAAAUAUUUGAAAUUCUUCAAAAUAAUGAAAAAUAUCAUAUAUCUUCAGAGCUUGCAAAUACGCCGCCUGGUGGAUCACUUUUUCUUUUCAACAAGAAGCGGCUGAGAAAUUUUAGGAAAGAUGGUCAUAACUGGAGGAAGAGAAAAGAUGGAAAGACUGUGACGGAAGGCAAUGAGAAGCUAAAGGUUGGAAAUGUUAAUGUGUUGCAUUGCUACUAUGCCCAUGGAGAAGAAAAUAAAAAUUUCCAGAGACGCAUUUAUUCGAUGAUUGAAGGGGACCUGUCACACAUUGUUCUUGUCCACUACCGGGAAGUAAAGACUUCCGAAGGAUCAUCGAACUGGCCUAUGGAUCAAAGCUUGCAAUCACAUGCAGAAUACAAUAUCACCACUAAGUUCGAUGAAGGAGCCGAUACCACUGAUUUACUCAAGUCCUUGGGGCCAUUCCUUAUGGAUUCAGACAAGCAAAAUGACCUUCAAUUUCGUCUUUCAAACACAGAUACUAUUUCAAAGAGAAAUGAUAGCAUUGAGGGAAAAACUGAUCACCCUUCUGCUGUUAAACCUCUGUUGGGAUUCGAUGAUGGUCUGAAGAAGCUCGACAGUUUCAACCGAUGGAUGAAUAAAGAACUUGAAGAUGUGGAUGAGCCACAAAUGCAGUCCAGUUUUGGAGCCUACAGGGAUACUUCUGAAAGUGAGAAUGAGGUUGAUGAGUCCAGUGUUCCCCUGCAAGUAGCCGAUACCACUGAUUUACUCAAGUUCUUGGGGCCAUUCCUUAUGGAUUCAGACAAGCAAAAUGACCUUCAAUUUCGUCUUUCAAACACAGAUACUAUUUCAAAGAGAAAUGAUAGCAUUGAGGGAAAAACUGAUCACCCUUCUGCUGUUAAGCCUCUGUUGGGAUUCGAUGAUGGUCUGAAGAAGCUCGACAGUUUCAACCGAUGGAUGAAUAAAGAACUUCAAGAUGUGGAUGAGCCACAAAUGCAGUCCAGUUCUGGAGCCUACAGGGAUACUUCUGAAAGUGAGAAUGAGGUUGAUGAGUCCAGUGUUCCCCUGCAAGUACGCUGGGAUAGCUAUAUGCUGGGGCCUUCUCUUUCUCAUGACCAUCUCUUUAGCAUUGUUGAUUUCUCACCAAACUGGGCAUAUGAAAACUCUGAAAUCAAGGUUUUGAUCACAGGAAAAUUUUUGAAAAGUCAACAUGCAGAAAGUUGUAAAUGGUCAUGUAUGUUUGGGGAAGUUGAAGUUCCUGCUGAGGUUAUAGCAGAUGGUGUUCUUCGUUGUUAUACUCCCAUACACAAGGCUGGAAGGGUUCCGUUUUAUGUGACAUGUUCCAAUAGGCUGGCUUGUAGUGAAGUAAGGGAAUUUGAAUACCGGGUAGCCCAAAUUCAAGAUGUUGAUUCUAAAGAUUAUUACAGUGACUGCUCAAAUGAAACACUCAGUAUGCGCUUUGGAAAAUUAUUGUCUUUAAGCUCUACCUCACCUAAUUGUGAUUCAGCAAGUACAGCAGAGAAUUCUGAGUUGACCGCUAAAAUUACUUCUAUGCUGAAAAAUGACAAUGAUGAAUGGGACAAGAUGCUACAACUUACGUCAGACGAGGACUUUUCCUUGGAAAGAGUAGAGGAUCAGUUGCUUCAACAGUUACUUAAGGAGAAGUUGCAUGCAUGGCUCUUGCAGAAGCUGGCUGCUGGUGGUAAAGGCCCUAGUGUUCUAGACGAGGGUGGCCAAGGUGUGUUACAUUUUGGAGCUGCUCUUGGCUAUGACUGGGUCUUACUGCCCACAAUAACUGCUGGAGUUAGCGUCAAUUUUCGUGAUGUGAAGGGAUGGACGGCACUUCAUUGGGCAGCUUUUUGUGGCAGAGAGCGCACAGUCGCUUCUCUCAUCUCCCUGGGUGCAGCUCCUGGAGCAUUAACAGAUCCAACUACCAAAUAUCCUUCAGGAGAAACACCUGCAGACCUAGCUUCUGAACAAGGACACAAAGGGAUUGCUGGAUAUCUUGCAGAAUCUGCUUUGAGUGCCCACCAUGAAUCUCUUAAUUUUGAUCUCAAGAACGGAAAUUCGGCAGAGACUUCAGGAACAAAAGCAGUUUCAGGUUCUAGCAGGGAUGGGGAGUUAACGGAUGGGCUUUCCCUGUGGGAUUCUUUAACUGCUGUCUGUAAUGCGACACAAGCUGCUGCUCGUAUUCAUCAAGUGUUCAGGGUACAAUCUUUCCGAAGGAAGCAGUUGAAAGAGUACGAUGUUGAUAAAUUUGGAUUUUCCGAUGAACGGGCAUUAUCACUUAUUGCACUCAAGUCACAUGAGGCAGGGAAACGUGAUGAGCAUGUGGAUGCUGCAGCAGUACGAAUACAAAAUAAGUUCCGUAGUUGGAAGGGUAGAAAAGACUAUUUGAUAAUCCGACAACGGAUUGUCAAACUUCAGGCCCAUGUAAGAGGUCACCAGUUGAGGAAAUAUCUAGUGUGGUCUGUCAGAAUUGUAGAGAAGAUCAUCCUGCGUUGGAGAAGAAAAGGAAGUGGGUUGCGUGGGGUCAAGCCAGAACCUGUUACUGAGGGCUCCAGCAUGCAAGUUUCAUCCACAAAGGAUGAUGAUUAUGACUUACUGAAAGAAGGAAGGAAGCAAACAGAGGAAAGGUUGCAAAAGGCGCUUGCUAGGGUGAAAUCCAUGGUUCAGUACCCUGAAGCAAGAGAUCAAUACCAUCGACUGUUAAAUGUUGUCACUGGGACUCAGGAAACCAAGUCAUGCAGAGAUGUUGUAACUGAGAUUCAGGAAACCAAGGUCACGUUGGUCGAUGUGGAAAAUGGAUCACUGCAGAAAAAGGCCAUGGAGAUAAAUUGUCUGUCCGACUCCAUAUCAACCUUGGUUUCGAGCACAUUUAAAAGUCAGCAGGAAAAUUGUGUCAAAGUUGAUAUGAAGUCUUUUGAUCCAACUAAUGGCUUAAAUGAGUUGUCAGAAAACCGAAUUGGUGUGCUACAAGAUCGCGUCAUUGGCAAGCUAAAUUCACAGAUUGGUGUCUUCACUCUUAAGGUACUUCGACCAACGUAUGACUGUGAACUCCUCAGCUUCAUAUUCACUAAGAGUACUCUGCCGGAUGAUCAAAGCUACAUCCUUGUCAAAACAAAUACCAAUUUCCUUACUCGACAUAUGGUUUGGUCACUUCAACCCGAUGGCUGGCUGGGUGGUGAUGUAAUUGAUGUCUUUGCCGAGUACCUAUGGCUGGGAAGUUCAAAGCAUCAUUUUUAUUUUCCAACACUUUUCUCGCAAAAAGUGGACAUAGACAUUGGUGGCAGAAGUAAAACAGACAUGGAUCCCACUGAGUUUGCAAAGUGCACGAGGAAGGUUUUUGGGCUAAAGAAAUUUGACGAGCACAUUUCCCAGUGCAAAAAGAUAUUUGUCCCCCUUCACGAUGUUAAUCACUGGUACCUAUUGGUGGUCCAUAUUGAUAGUCAAGUUGCCGAAAUAUGGGAUAGCUUGAAUCAUACCCCUGGACGAUUCAAUCGCUGCCAACAUGUGCUAAAAGCUCUCGACAUUCUCUAUGAUAAAGUCGAGUUCCAGUUGCAGAAGGAAAACAAAUUUUCUGAUUACGGGUUGUGUGAGCCAGUGCAAUGCCCUCGACAGGUGGGUGGUAGUGACUGUGGGGUUUAUGUUGUCAGACACAUGCAGAGAUAUGGCAAAGAAUGGUGGCAUCAGGUAUUUCGACUCACGGGAGCAGAGGAUGGAUCUUGCUAUUAUGCUCGUAAGAAAUACAUUUAAUUUAGCCUGGAAAGAUGUCUUGGCAGACAUGAAUGAGUCAACCAGAGCUAAGAAGACUAACAUCAGCGGGAACUUCAGCAAAGCAUACUAAGACCAAGCAGGCAGCGGUUCCACUUUAUACUAGAGCACAAUCUACGAAAGGCCAUUGGAACUGUAAGUAGAUGAGGGACUUGAAUACUGCACCAAGUUUUGCAUUUUGCUUGAUGGUGGACCGUGGAUGUCGAUGGCUUAUUCUUAUUACUAAACUACAUUUAGAAUUUGAACCUUAAUUAAUGACGUUAACUAUUUCUUGUACGAAUUUUUCUAUUAAUCUUUAUUGGGAGAUGAUAGAAAACUACUGUACCUAUUCUCAUUGUAAUCUUUG